AUGAUGCACUUGGAAACGACCUGCUUGACCAAGAACUCAUACCAGGAAGAGAAAUGCCAAUCCCAGAUCAAUGCUCUUUAUGAAUGCUGCAACGCCUUUUACAAAGAGCGAGGAGAGGACGCCCGGACACCCAGCUGCCCCAAACCCAAUUUGCUGCGACUGAGGAUGAAGCAACGCGGCCAGGAGUCUUCCUAG